CCCAUAAACCACACAGGACAGGAGACAUCUAAAUGCAACCUUAAACCCUAAUGUCCUUUCUUACACCCUUCCUCGCCCGCCAAAAAAAUUUCCCCACUGCCACGCUCCUCACGCGCCACCUCUCUUCCGCCACCACCAGAAUCACCACCUCCAAACUCCACGAGCGCUACACAUUCACUCCACCACCUUCUCUCUCCCCCGAAUCCCAAAACGAUGAUAUUCCAACGAAACCAAACAAGAAAAAACCAAAACCAAGGUACCGUCCGCCUUCGUCUCUGGACCGAAACGGACGCAAACCGGUUCGUUCUGACCUGCCGUUCGAUUUCCGGUUCAGCUACACGGAAAGCAGUGCGAAGGUGAGGCCUAUCGGGCUUAGGGGGCCCAAGUACUCGCCAUUUGGGCCUGGAAGGGUGGACCGGGCCUGGACCGGGGUUUGUGCGCCUGCGGUGGACCCGAAGGUAGAGUUGUUGGAGGCAAAAGAAGAGCCGAAGAUGGAGCAACAGAGGAAGAAGAGGAGAGAUUGGGUUCAAGGAGAACCUCUCUCCACUGCUGAGAGGAAAGCGCUGGUUUUGCAGGGUGAAAGGGGAAAAACCAAGAGGCAAAUCAAUCUAGGUAGGGAUGGCUUAACUCACAACAUGCUGGAUGUUAUUCAUAAGCAUUGGAAAUAUUCUGAAGUGGUUAGGAUCAAAUGCAUGGGCGUUCCAACUGUUGACAUGAAAAAUGUUUGCACCCAGCUUGAGGACAAAACAUAUGGAAAGGUCAUUUCCAGGCAUGGGGGUACAAUUAUAUUAUACAGAGGCAGGAACUAUAAUCCCAAUCACAGGCCAGUAAUUCCUCUCAUGCUGUGGAAACCCCAAGAACCUGUCUAUCCUAGACUGAUUAAGACAACAAUUGAGGGUCUGAGUAUUGAGGAAACUAAAGAGAUGAGGAAGAGAGGACUAGCCGUUCCCGUGUUAACAAAACUUGCCAAAAAUGGCUAUUAUGCAUAUUUGGUGCCAAUGGUCAGAGAUGCUUUCCUCUCAAGUGAAUUGGUUCGGAUAGACUGCACGGGUCUUGAGAGGAGUGAUUACAAGAAAAUCGGCUGCAAGCUCCGGGACCUGGUCCCUUGUAUUCUGGUGACUUUUGAUAAAGAACAGAUUGUAGUUUGGAGGGGGAUGGAUUAUAAUCCCCCAGAGGAUGGAUACUUCUUUAAAGAUAAAGAGUCGUUCGAUGAUUAUGAUGAUCAUUUGGAUGCUGGUGUAGGGUAACGUGUUGAGCUUCAUUACAGCAGCUUAGGAGACUAAACACACUAUGGUUGGCUGUGUGAUAAUGAGGUAUAAUCUUGCAUGGUAUAAGUUGCAGCCAUGAAUCAGAAGUUCCUUUAAGAUUGGAUUAUUUCUUUUUUGUUUUAAUUCAGUAAAAGAGAGAGGGACACUUUUAAGAUGAUGUACCUACUGCCAAGGUUGAUGCUGCUCUUCGGAUAUGAAGCCCAAAAACUGUUCUUUAACCAUGUCUCAUUUUGUGGCCUUAAAAGUGGAGAAGAAGCAUUCUGAAAGAUGUAAAUCUGUUAAAUUAUAUAUACAAGCUAAUUCCUGAACUGAAGAUGGUGUAGAUAGGAUUCUCACAUUUUUUUUAUAUUCAAACUUUACCCUCAGUAUUUCAAGUAAAAACCGAUUGAAUUUUGAUGUCUUCAGUGUAUCUUUUCACAAAAUCAAGUUUCUCCAUUAGCAUAGGCAAAGCUUGUUAGGGUUUCAGAGCGGUCUUUUGUGAUGUUCUAAUUUCUAAAGAACAAGAUCAGCCUCAUACGUAGGUCAGGUGGAAACUGACUUUGUAGUCAUAAUAGUCCAAUACAAAGAUUAGUCACCAAAUUUGGGACUUGAUAAGAUAUGUUAGCGGUAUAGUGUAGAUUAAGGUAAAAAAUAUUGGUGAUAGCACCGCAUGGCUUUCUUAUAGUUAUAGUCUAUGAAACACGGACACUUCGUUGAUUUGUCGUGUCCGCGUGCACGCGUGUCUGCUGUGUUUAUC